AUGGCAAACACCAUCAUCGUAGUAGUGGGCGCCGGCGUGAGUGGCCUGACGACGGCAUUGCUGCUGUCGAGGAACAAGGCAAACGACGUGACAAUCAUCGCCAAGCACAUGCCUGGAGACUGCGACAUUGAAUAUGCGUCUCCAUGGGCUGGCGCCAAUUUCCUACCCAUGUCAACCCGAGACAACAGUAGAUGGGAGAGACGGACAUGGCCAGAGAUAUCAAGACUUGCAAAGGAAGUUCCCGAAGCAGGCAUUCACUUUCAACCAACACGUAUUUUAAGACGAGACAAGGAUAUGCAAGGACCAUCGUGUCCGAUCGACCCCAUUUUCGAUCGCGACCCAUGGUUCCAAACUCUUCUACCAGGUUUCAGAGAAUUGAGCGCCGCCGAAAUCCCAAAGGGUCAUGACUCAGGUGUUGAAUUCACGAGCGUUUGUAUCAACACGGCAUUGUAUCUUCAGUGGCUUGUCGGGCAAUGUCUCAGAAACGGUGUUGUGUUCAAGCGAGCCGUCAUAUCCCACAUCAAGGAAGCCAAGACGUCCAGUCACACCGGAAAGCACGCCUCCAUCAUUAUCAACGCUACGGGCCUGGGGUCUCUCAAACUAGGCGGAGUGCAAGAUGAGACCAUGGCCCCUAGCCGCGGCCAACUCGUCCUGGUCCGCAACGAGCUCCAGCCCAUGUUUACAACGUCCGGUACCGAAGACGGCAUGACAGAGCUUCUUUAUACCAUGCAGCGUCCCGCAGGAGGUGGUACCGUUUUGGGAGGUACUUACGACAUCGGCAACUGGGAGUCUGUGCCUGACCCGAACAUUGCUCUGCGCAUCAUGCAACGAGUCGUGGACCUGUGCCCUGAAAUUGCACAUGGCAAAGGUAUCCAGGGGCUCAGCGUUAUCAGGCAUGUAGCCGGUUUGAGGCCGUACAGAAAGUCUGGUGUCAGGGUAGAGAAGGAGAGGCUUGAUGAUGCCACGUGGAUUGUGCACAACUAUGGCCAUGCAGGCUGGGGAUAUCAGGGUUCUUAUGGAUGUGCCGAAGGCGUGGUUGAGCUGGUCAACGAAGUGAAGGGAGAGAAUGGGGAGCAUCUCCAGAUGGCCUAA